CCGUGAGGCCAUCUUUUGCCACGGCGGCGAGUUUACAUAUCAGGCAUUGGGAGCCAUGAACCAGCUCGACUGCGUUAUCAACGAGACGAUGCGGCUUUACCCUCCGAUGAACUUCCUGGACCGCAAGACGACGCAGCCCUUCCGGAUCCCGGGCACAGACAUAGUGCUUCCCAAGGACACGGGCAUCGUCGUCUCCGUGCUGGGCCUGCACCACGACCCCCGGUACUGGGAGCACCCAGAGCGCUUCUUGCCCGGGAGGUUCAGCGGCGAGGGCGGCAAGGCGAGACCCAGCCACACCUUCCUGCCCUUCGGGGACGGCCCGAGGCAGUGCCCCGGACUGAGAAUAGCACAAACGCAAAUGAAGAUCGCCCUGGCGAACGUCUUGAUAAACUUCCGUGUGAGCGUCACUGAGAAGACUCCAGUACCUCAGGCUGCAAACCGUCGGAAGCUGAUAAGGAAGUCAGAGGGGUCGUUUGAGCUGGCCUUCGAGAAGAUUUCCUAACGAGAGCGAC